GGAGCCUGGCCGCGGGCGCCCCCUGUAAACAGACAACAUGGCGGCGGCGGCUCCCGGCGCUCUGGGCGCCUUGAGAGCCAGUCGCGUCCGCCUGGUGGCCGCGUGCUGUGCGCGGCUGGGCCCUGCAGCCUGGGCCGGGGGUCCCGCCCCGAGGAGGGGCUACAGCUCUGAGGUGAAGACGGAGGACGAGCUGCGCGUGCGGCACCUGGAGGAGGAGAACCGAGGAAUUGUGGUGCUUGGAAUAAACAGAGCUUAUGGGAAAAAUUCACUCAGUAAAAACCUUCUCAAAAUGUUAUCAAAAGCUGUGGAUGCAUUAAAAUCAGAUAAGAAAGUUCGGACCGUUAUAAUCAGGAGUGAAGUCCCCGGGAUAUUCUGUGCUGGUGCUGACCUUAAGGAAAGAGCUAAAAUGCACUCCAGUGAAGUUGGUCCCUUCGUCUCCAAGAUACGAGCAGUAAUCAAUGACAUUGCUAACCUCCCCGUGCCCACGAUCGCAGCCAUAGAUGGACUGGCCCUAGGAGGUGGUCUGGAACUGGCUUUAGCGUGUGAUAUUCGAGUAGCAGCUUCCUCUGCAAAAAUGGGCCUGGUGGAAACAAAGCUGGCAAUUAUUCCCGGUGGAGGAGGGACACAGAGAUUGCCACGCGCCAUCGGGAUGUCCCUGGCCAAGGAACUCAUCUUCUCUGCACGAGUUCUUGAUGGUCAAGAAGCCAAAGCUGUGGGCUUGAUCAGCCACGUGCUGGAGCAGAACCAGGAAGGGGACGCUGCCUACAGGAAGGCACUGGACCUGGCGAGAGAGUUCCUACCUCAGGGGCCUGUUGCAAUGAGAGUGGCCAAACUAGCAAUUAAUCAAGGGAUGGAGGUCGACUUAGUAACAGGGUUAGCCAUAGAAGAAGCCUGCUAUGCUCAGACCAUCUCAACGAAAGACAGACUGGAAGGUCUUCUUGCUUUCAAGGAGAAAAGGCCCCCUCGCUAUAAAGGAGAAUAGGAGGAAAAGCCGUGACGCCCUGUAGUGCUGGAAAAGCCCGAGACGCCCUGUAGUGCUGGAAGCUCUUUCAGAUGGGCUCCGUGCCUGGCACGGGGAAUCUCAGUGACCAAAGUGGAGAGUGGGUUCUCACUACGCCUGGAGCUGGCCCUGCUCAAGCCACUGUGCGCCAUGUCGUAUUUAUUCAGAUUUAUACAGCUAGCAGUGUCUGUGAUCAAAACACAUUAAAAUUAGGUGUAUGUUUUUAAUAUUUCCCAUAUAUCAGGCUUUCGGUUGUUAAUUUUUUAAUGUGAAUAAUUUAUAUUGCACACUCUAGGGAAUAAUUGAUUGUACGUCUACUGUGCUGCAUUAAGAAAAUAAAACUAUUUCUGUAUACCAAAAAUGUGAAGUUAUACCAAAUACAGUUGCUGAGUAACUAUGUACAUACUAACAGACACAUGUCCUUUGCCACCUGAGGACCUGGGAUGGGCAUUCUGAGUGGAACUCCCCAAUGUCAAUAAAGUCAAUGGAAGAUGA